AUGAAAGUGAUUCAAAAUCCAACCCAGUAUUUCUUUGAAUAAUCUAAUAAUCCAUCUGAUUAAUAUUUAGAUAAGAUAAAUGUGUUCAUUGGAAAAUUGAUUAAUCAAAAAUAAUGUCUAUUAUGCAAAUAAGAUUACAACAUCAAAGAUAGAUUACCUAGAAUACUUAUUCAUUGUGGGCAUACUAUUUGUACUUAAUGUUUAAGCAAUUUCUAUAGAAACAGAAGAGUACGAUGUCCACUUUGCUUGAAAUUAGUUAAGCAUCUAGAUUCAAUCGAAAGAUUACCUAUAAACCACACAAUUUUCACAAAAAUGGCUGAAGAGAUUAAUAAGAAAAGCAGGUCCCAUGGAGGAACUGAUGUUAUAGAUCCUUAAUAAUAUUUAUUUACCUAAUUUCAAUAAUCAGCAGUCUAAGCAUAGAAAAUCAGAUAAUAACAAUAAAAUUAAUAUCCCUAAGUUGAUCCAGAUUCAGGACUUGAAUUUUGUGAAUUCCAUAAUGACAGGGUGAAACAUUUUUUUUGCAUGAAGCAUAAAGUUACUUGCUGCCGUGUAUGCUCUGAAAUGAUUCAUUAAAAAAAGGACUGCAUUGUAGUUGAUCUUUAUGAAAUUGAGGAUGUUCCAGCUUUUUUGAAUGAAGCAUACAAAUUGAAUUAAGAAAAUAAUUGUUAAAAUUAAAAUAUCGAAUUUUUACCAGAUGAUGACAAUAAUUUUAAUGAUGAUGAUUUAGAAGGAGAAUUCGCUCAAGAUGAAAGUCUAAAGAGUUUAUGAUAAUAAUUAAUUAUAUAUGUAGC